UUAUUAAAUUCUCAAGAUGAAUAUCUUUCUGGAGACACUACAACUGCUGGUCUUAUCCAUAUACUACAAUCUGGAGGCAUUUCUAAUGCUUUUCAUUCCUACGCGGAAAAAAAGCAUAGCUGGAGAGACUAUCUUGAUCACAGGGGCAGGCAGUGGUAUUGGAAGACUUAUGGCACUUGCAUUUACAUCCAUGGAUGUCAAUUUGGUGCUGUGGGACAUAAAUGUGGAUGGACUUAAAGAGACUGCUCGUCUGGUGAAGGAGAAGGGCACCUCCCAGGUGUACACGUACACCUGCGACUGCGGAAACAGAACGGAGGUGUACACAGUAGCUGACCAGGUUAAAAGAGAAGUCGGAGAUGUGACCAUCCUCAUAAACAAUGCAGGAAUUGUGACGGGCAGGAAAUUCUUGGAUGCCUCAGACAAUUUAAUUGAAAAGUCUGUUGAAGUGAACACUAUGGCACACUUCUGGACAUACAAAGCAUUUCUCCCAGCCAUGAUAGCCAAUAACCAUGGUCACUUGGUGAGCAUCGCUAGUUCUGCUGGACUUAUUGGAGUUAAUGGCUUGGCAGAUUACUGUUCUAGUAAGUUUGGGGCUGUAGGUUUUGCCGAGUCGGUGGCACUGGAGAUGCAUGCUACAGGGAAAGAGGGAGUGAAGACAACCAUUGUGUGUCCCUUCUUCAUCAACACAGGGAUGUUUGAUGGUUGCAGUACCAAGUGGCCAACCUUCCUUCCCAUCCUUCAGCCUAAUUAUGUGGUAAAAAAAAUUGUUUCUGCAAUCCUGACCGACCAAGUGUACCUCUACCUACCUCGGAGUUUGUACAUCAUCAUCUUCCUAAAAAACAUUUUACCCACAAAACUGGGAGUUCUUUUAGGAGACUACAUCGGGGCAUUCAAUUUCAUGGAUUCAUUCAAAGGCCAUGGGAAAAAAGACUGACGCAUGCAUUAAGUUUGGUUUAAAGUUCUUAAAUGAGGUUCUGUUGUUAAGCACUUUGUGCAUCAAGCAUAUAAUUUUAGUUAUUUUAUGACCCAAUCCUGUUAAACGCAGAUUCUGAAUAUUACGGAUAUAAUAUUGUAUUAUAUAGUUGCAAUGACAUCAGUAUUGGUCACAUAUUAAAUCUGUAUAAUAUGUAGACUGAUAUGUACUCAUUGCAUGUGUACAUUUAAUUAAGCUUGCACCUUUGUUUACUUACAUGUUUGUGUUAAAUACAUUGUGUCUUGUGCUCUGUCAAGACUUAUGACUCCAGGGAUUUCAAUAGCCUGAGUUUUAUAGUACAUCAUUAUUUCAGCUUGUAUAGGUCUUACGGUGUCACAAUGACUUUGUUGAUGCUAUACUGUCCCGCCUACCAACUGUUGGAGCAU